AUGGUUGAAAAUGAUUGUGUUUCAAACGUCAAUCCCCUGCCUAAUGUCCAUAGCAAAACAAUGACCAAAGCGGUUGAAUACUGGAAGAAACAUUCGGAGGAAGGCGUCUCCAAAGACAUGUUGAUGGAUUUUGACAAGGCUUUUGUGAAGGUGCACCACUCGAUUUUGUACGAUCUUAUCUUAGGUGCUAAUUUUCUUAACGAUAAGGAGAUAUUGGAUAUGAUAUGUCAAGAAGUUGCCGGUAGGAUUAAAGGAUUUUACUCCAGAGGAAGAAGGAGAGAUCCGUAA